CUGGACCUAUAUCCGGGUUUGGUCGCCAUAUUGUGAAGUACGGUACCUCCAUACAUACAGUAAUAGUUAUUACAUUCGAUAGUUUCAAAAUGCGCCGAAGAACUGAAGGCCAAGAACCGAGCGAAGAACCUGUCAAGGCGGAAACAAAGGUUGUGGAUCAAGGACAGCACACUCAACCCAAGUCCAAACGCAGACACACCUAUAAAUCUGUGCUAAUCAUCACUGGGAAGUGUUUGCUUUUCAUGUUGUUCGUCCCUCCGUUCAUCAACCAUGCAGCCCUGCAGAGAGAAGAACUGCCACUCAGGCCCAAAGAUGGCCAGAUUGUUGAUGUUGGUUCGGGUCAGAAGAUGCACCUUCUGUGUAAAGGACAAGGAAAACCAGUUGUCAUAUUGGAUGCCCCAACUGGAAUGUCUUCAGACAUUUGGUUUCAAGUCCAAGAGAGCAUUGCUCCACUGACAAAGGUAUGCACCUAUGACAGAAUGGGACUUGGCUUCAGCGAGCGGCUGAAGCCGGAUGAAACCACCGGAGCUGAAAAAGUUUGGGGGAUGUCAACGACUGGACGGAUGGUGGAUGAUUUGCAACGACUCCUCCAGGCCGGUGGGAUAGCCAUGCCCUUCAUCCUGGUGGGCUCUGAACUUGGCGCACUCAAUGGCAGAUUCUAUAGUCACGUUCAUGAUGGGCAAGUGUCAGACCUGGUCCUGAUUAAUCCCAUCCCAGACGACAUCUUUGAGGAGGACCAGUGGAAGGAAUAUUGGUACAGUGAGCUGUUGCCAUCACUCGUGCUCAGGCAGUUUUCGGCAGCUACAGGGCUGAGUCGUAUGCUGAUCAUCGUGGGGGCUAUUUAUCCACAGAUCAAAGGAGAAAACAUCUCAGAAGAGGUCAUACAGCGCUGGAAAUACCUGAUGAGUAACCCCACCCACCAGAGCAGUGUUGUGGAUGAGCAUUACUUUAUGAAUGAAAGUGCAGCUCAAGUAAGGGACAUCACAAAAUUUAAGCCCCUCUCCAGUAAGACGUCAGUGAGUGUGAUCACUGGAGAUUCCUUUGACCAGCAGAUGCCAGAACACCUCAACCAAAUGGUAGCUAAGCUUCAAAAGAAGUUCCUGGAGGAGUCCUAUCCAUCAGCCAAUCACAUUCACAUAAAAGGAGUGGACCGGCGAAUGAUCUACAAGAAGCCAUCUGCCAUCAGCCAGCACCUGAGGAAGCUAGUCAACCAGCGACAAGCCAAACAGCAGAGCGAGUGACCCAUGGCCAAAAUUUAUUAGCUUUACCUCAGACCUGGGCAAAAUAAUAGUUGAAUAUGUUUCAAAUAUUCAAUUAAAUAUAAAAGGAGCUGUUGAUUUAACUUACCCCUGUAACUAGCCUACCACUUCCCUUCUUGAGAUUGUUUAACUAUCUCAUACAGUAAAUCAAGCGCAUCUUAAGAAUAUGUUUUUGCACAGUUGCGCUUUACCAGAUGCUGCAGGGUUAUUCAGGGAGGUGACAUGAUUGCAGCGUCUUACAUUCAGAAACACUUUUCUUUGAACGUAAUACAUUCUCUUUACCUGACUAGGCAGUGCCAAACAUGAUUACAUUAUCUUUUAGCUUCAAAAGUCACUGUUCUUCUAUCAGAAUAUUUUGUAAUGUUAAACCUAUAGGGAUAGAUGUAUUGAGUUUCUCUAUCUUUGUGGUUUAUUUGUGUCUAGCUUCAGUGACUUGUUUCAGGUGCUGUUGAAGAAUUUUAAAUACUUGAAUUCAACUGAUUUAUAUAACCAGGUGUGUGUUUUUUUUUUUUUUUUAUAUAGACGGAUGUCGGGUUAGUUAAUUUUAUAAAAUCAGGGCUACUUUUUGCCUUAUUUUACUUAAUUCAAUUUUUUAUUUAAUUUUGUGUGCCAUUUAAAAAAAAACAAAAAAAAAAACGAUAUUAUUUUAACAGGUAUACCUUACAAAUAGAACAAAUAAACUGUGAAAGAAAGACCAGAGAGCAUUGAAUUAUCCUGAGGAUUUAAGUUUAAUUAUGACACCACAUCAAAAUAAAAAUUUCCAACAGAUCUGGAAUUUUAUUCCAUCCAUAUACAUGCAUAGCAACAACGUUUUAAGAAACAUUUUCUCCCAUAAUCAGGACAUUGGAAUGAUCAUUUUACAUCAGUAUCCCCGUCGACCUCCCACCCAUCUUGUUCAUCAGCAAUAAACUUAAUUCUUGUACAACUUCUUUUUUUUCCCUAUGGGGUUACAAAUAAUUCUAUGCACAAUCCCCAUUUCAUAAUACUGCUUUCAGUAAUGUUCCCUCAUUUACAAAGUAUUGCAUUGAGAGCAAAUUUCAAAAAGGGAGACCAAAGUGUAUCAUCAAACAGAAAUACGAGUACUAUACAAGAAUGCUGCCAUCCUCAUGAAAACAUCCACAUCUGAGUUGAAGAAAAGAGACAGGGACAAACAGCCACAUAUGUAUGCAAAGCCAUGUGUAUAUGCCAAAAUGUGAGAUGCAGGGUUGUGCCUGGUUAUCACCUCCAAAUGGUGAUUUUUUUUAAGGCUAACAAGUCAUUAGUAGCAAUCUGCAAGUGACAUUUUGGGCAUAUACAGAAACUGGUACAGCAAAUAAGAAUACACAAGUGCCUCAGUAGCUAUUUUUGUGUCUAAAAUGCAUCUCAUUUUUGUAUUCUGUCUAUUGUUUCAUUGAGCCUACAUUACAGUGUAAACGAUAUGUGUGCUACACAAGAAUGACUAUACAAUAACAUUACAAACAACUCUGAUAUAAAUUUCAUUUUGAAUUUAAAUUAAGACCACUACUCCUAUUAAUACUGAUU